AUGCAUCUGGUGCCGUCUCCAAGUCUGCUGCUCGCGAAGAUACUCAAACGUACUGCUGCCACCAUCGCGGGCCUCGGUGUCGAUAUGCAGGUGGUUGAUGUGGUCCAGAUCGAUCCUUCGCAGAGACGUAUGGAGUUUCGCGAAUUUUGGAGUAUGCCUGUCGAUCCAAAACGAGCUUUGUGUCCAAUAAAGGCGCAAUGUACUCUGAGGAGCUUCGGAACUGAGCAGAUCAACCUGAUCCGCGAGCAGCUGUAUGCAGGUCUCUGUCGCCGGCGGAACGACGGACGGCAGAAAGACGAACUCCAGUAUGGCGAUUCUAAGCUCUGCCUCCAGUCGAAGUAA